CUAUGCGCGAUACACAUGCGCGCUUCAGGAUGACUCGAUCCGGUUGAUCAUCCUCAUCCUUUUGCAGUAUUGCGCAUGUCGACGCAGCACUUGUUAGUACAAAGUCAUGGACGAGACCAACUUUCAAGCUAAGCCCCAGCAACCUGGUCGCCUCCAGCAGACCCAAGGAAGUGCCACGCUAUGGAGCGUUAAUUCAGAGAUGGAGCAAAGAAAGGCUAGCUUAAAAGACUUUGCAAAAGCUUAUUGGACAUUUUCGCCGUUUCCAGGCCGCGCUGUGCUUGGGCGUUCAUCAGAAUCACCAGUGAGGCACAAUACUCCUGACAUCCCCAAUGAAUUGUUCUCUUUUGAAGGGUUGAACGGCCGUAGCACAGUUCUGGAUACUUAUUUUGAAAAGCCUUCUGGCUCGCCAGAGCCGUCCGCGCAUUGCCCCUGGUCUCCAGCAACUACUAUGUUCCAGGACCCGCUUGGCAAGCAUAGCGUCUCGACUUCAUCACCAAAGCUCGAAAAUACAUCCAGCGAGAAUGGGUACGAGUAUGUUAAACUGACGCGCAACAAAAAAGAGGAGAUCAGAGUGAAUAGUGACGGUGCGCUGCUGGGUGGGUGGAAAUUUAGAGUCCCCGUCUUCCCCAUCUUAUCCAGAAAUCAUGAGGACGCAGAUUGUUCUAAUCUAACUGUCGACGAUUUACGCUACACGCGAGAGCUAUACGCUGUGGCCUAUAGGUGCGCUAAGGUACUUGGUUAUAAAAACACAUUUGAAUUUCUCAGAAAGUAUCCCGCACUGUAUAGAAUUGUUGCGACUGCAGAGGAGAAGGAAGAUUUGAUCGAUAGGGGCAUUUUAAGACCAUUUCAUCGAUUGCGGCGUGUCCAUCUUGUUACUGCUAAAUCUGUGUUUAGAAUAUUUGGCCAUCGCAUCGUGAGACAUGGAAAUCCUGCAGAAGGUGGAUAUUGGAAGCCACCUGAUAGAACAGAGUCCAUUUCCAUGGGAUUCUCAAGUUCGACCUCCCUCUCAAGCGAAGAUGAGCAAUAUAAAAGGCCCAGAGUUCAAAGGACACGAAAUGUUCCCCAAACCUCAGUCGACUUUGGUGAAAAACUUACAGAACUAUCAGUUGACAAGGUCCCACCGGUUGCAUUGCCGUCAAACAGGCCAGAAGCAAUAAUACCACAAACUAGGCGAAACAUACCGUUUACCUCCCUCUCGGAUGAUUUUGAAGUCGUUCCGAGUCCAGCAGAGAUCUCGGCUAGAAAUCCGGCAUCGAUGGUUCAAUCUCAGCCAAGUAUGGAUGGUGCCUUUGCUACUGUUUUCCGUUCAGAUGACAGCCUGUCUGGGUGGGAAAGAGAAACAUUGUCAGCAGACCCAUCGUAUAAUAUUUCCGGAAUUCAAAGUCCCAGAGAAGACAGCGUCCAGGAUUUAGGUCUUUCCAUGUCAUCGUGCAGCAUCGCAAGUUACAGUAUCCACUCGUCAUCUGAAGAUGACGUCGAUACCUCCUUCGUAAAUCAGUUGCUAAGAGAAUAUUUAAAUGACGUUCUCAAACAGAUUACAUCAACCUGUCAUGGCUUUGCCCAUAUUCACAAUGCUAAGAUAAAUUCUGCACAUAAUGAACAGGGUGAUGAGCCAUCUAAUCCUUCACGUUCAUAUCACAAAAGCCAGUCAUGUCGAGGUCAGAAGCGAAGCCGUAGCGAGUACAAACAGACAGCAAAGACCGGAACAGGGUUUAACUCAGAAGAAAAUGAUGACGAUGAAAAUUCUGGCGAAGAUGACGAUUCUCGCAAGAGAUCGAAGGCUCCGAGGGCUUUAAUUCGAGAUCGAAUCCCAACACUCAAGCUCGCAUGCCCCUUUUACAAAAGGAAUCCGCAACGUUACCAGAAUUGUCGACCCUGUAGAGGUCCUGGCUGGGACACAGCACAUCGAGUGAAGGAGCAUAUCUACCGAAAGCAUGCUCUGCCAAUUCAUUGUCGCCGCUGCAACGCAAUCUUCGAUACCGAAACGAGUCUAACUGUAGGUCCUCUUGCAAGUUUUAUACACGUAGCUUUAUCGAACGUUUUAUUUUCUCGUCGUGCAGUUCGAAAUCGAUUACUGUCAUUUUUAAUCAAAAAUAAUCCGGCAUCCUAACAAGGGGCUAGGUGCACUCUAAACAGGAAAUUUCCUGCCUCCCAACAGUGGGGAUAGAGCUUGAAGGAUUCGAUAAAAAUCAAGAGAAGAUGCUUAAGGCUAAAAAGAAAUUGCCUCAUCUCUCCGAGGCCGAAAAAUGGAUCGAAAUUUUCAAGAUUCUCUUCCCGCAUGACGAUCCAGAUCAGAUCCCAUCACCUUAUUGUGAUCUCACGAGAUCUGAUUUCGAUCACUUGGAAAAAUUCAAGGACUACGUCAUCCAAGAGCUUCCUGAAAAAUUGCAAAGUAUCUUACAAUGUUCAGGUCCGGAUGGGGAUGGUCCUCUUAACAGAGAGGAUCCCCUGCAACGCAUUAGUACAAUCGUUCAGCAGGUCGCUGAGGAGGUGCUGCAGUCGUACAGUCUACGAAUGAAUGGGGCAAUUUCGGCCGUUCUUCAGAAGCAAAACAAGAGCAACGCCAGUGAUAAUACCACGAAAGAUUGGGAAGAUGAUUUCGCAUGCGACGGGAACAGCAGAACACGAGAUGUAUUGCCUGAAACCUUAGGAGAUAUUUUUGAUACCUCUGAUUCGUUCUACGAGGGGGAAUUCAAAACACAAAUGUUUGGGUGGUUCGAAAUUGAUACUGAUACUUUCCUCGACGGCUUUUCUAUGGCAAACACCCCUGAAAGCGGAAGUAUAAUAAACCACCCAGCACAAUCUUUGGAUUCCGCAGAAAUCCAUGGAGAAUUAACCGAGGACUUUUUGAGAACAAGACUGGCUAAGGGCAUAGCUCAAGAUCGUAUGUACGAGAAAGUCACUCGCGGAGGGCAUUUCCCCUUCCCUUCGCUACCCUUAAACAUAGGCGCAUAAGCUUGAGUAUUAUCAAUUAUGAAUGUUAGAGAUAAAUUGCAGAAUCUUUCUUGAACAG